AUGGCAGAGAAAGGAACAGUGAGACUGCGACAAAAGUGGACACCUGACACCCAGCCUGAACCACCAGGAUCUGACCAGCAUCAUCCUCUCCUUGCCCUCAAGGGCCUCAGACAGGAGGUAAAUGAGCUGAAACUGCAAGUCACAGAAUUCUGCAGAGAACUGACACCUGCUCAACGAGAGAAGGCACAGAACGGAUGCAAGGAACCUUCACAGAAUGGUGCAACAGAAGGAAAUCACCAGUCUUCAGGAGGCUCUAACAGCCGCUGGACACCAAGCGCCGCUAGGAAAAGCCAUCAGACAGGACUUGGAAAGAGAACUGUUUCACACAAAGUCACUGUUAAAACAGCAUAUGUGGAACUAACUGAGAGAGACACCAGAUCUAAGGCCUUAGAAGGCCAUCUGCAUGCAGCCAGAGCUGAGGUCCAAACCCUGACUCAGCAAUUAAAGAGGAGCUUGACAUGGUUCAGAAAGAAUUUAAACAGUCCAACCGACUGCGCAUGGACUCAAGCAAAAAUCACAUCACCAGCAGUGCAAGCCCCUCCAAGCCUGUGCACAGCUACGAAAGGGGGGAAAGGGAGCCAAAGCCUUCUGCUUGACACUUCACAAGUCAGCUCCCUGAAAACCCUGAAAACCUCUGCAGCUGCAGAAAAAAAAAUAAAAAUUCAGGCAAACCGAAACAACGCAGCCAGCCUGCAAGCAGCCCGAGGUGAAUUCAAUGUCACAAAUGAACUGGAAUAUGCUUGCAGACCACAAGGUGAACAGACAGGGAAAACACGAAACAGAACUUCCCCUGGCAAGCAGGCCCAGACCCCCUCAGCCAAGAGUCCGAACCUGCGAGGGGGGGGGCGAGAGCCACUGUUCACACGUCACCAACCAGCAGCCACAAGGGGGUGGGGCAGGGACCUUUCCAGAGGAUCACUGCAGACACACACACCGUGUGACCCCACAGACCCCAACGAGCUGGCCAGAGACAAUACAUCUGGCAACCUAAAUACUGCAGAGACCCUGAGGACAUCAAAGGAACUGAUCCUGCAGUCUCACCAGCAGUUUAAACAAGCCAUCAUAAAGGAAUUCUCAGACCCAGAGUCUGAACAUGGACUGAUCGCUGCUGAUUCUGAACUUCACAACUCAGAAUCCAAAGCGGGCACCAGAAGGCACCCAGCAUUGCCACAAUGCAAAACCCUUCUACAGAAAGCCCCUAGCCAGAAGAGGACAGAGCCAUCACCAUGGCAACAGACCCAGGUUCCAGACCAACCACUGGGAAAAGCAAUGGAAAAAAGGCAUCCUCAUCCUGCAAACACCACGGUAUGUCCAACAGCAGUCCACCACAACAUCCUCCUCCACACCCUUCACACAGGUGCCGAACGGAGGCUACACAAGGACAGCUGGACACGCCUACUUCUGGGUUACAGGAGCUGCUGACACUCGCAAAAGAGCUCCUUGAACAAAACUCAACUAAGGAGCAUUGGGAAGGACAAACUUCUGACUCCUUGCCUGACGCAACACAGCAUCAGACCCCUCCAAGGGAGGAGCAUCCCUUAAAACCAGUCGACACCCCAGAAGCAGCCAGACA